UUAUUUUUAAAUAUCUCACUAUUUAACUCAUUAUAUCAAAUUUUUUAAUCUCGUUUGAGUAUAAAACACCCAUAAAUUUCCAAAGAAUCACAAACAAAGAACAACACCUUAGAAUCACAAACAAAGAACAACACCUUAUAUCAUGGUAAAUCCAACCAUCCUCCUAAAACUACACCAAUCAUCCUCCAACACAAUAAACGCAACCCCAAAUGACUGGUACAACGCCAUUCUCCUCCAAAUCAACGAAUGGCUAGCCAUCUUCCCCAACUUCUUUCACUCACUCUCACUCAAAUUCAGUGAAAUAUUCUCAACCCUCGCACAAUGGCUAACACUUGCUGCACCUUACAUCUUAGCUUUACUUGGUGUUAUCCUUAUUUGCUUCCUAUCUUACUGCUUCCUCUCAUGCAUCAUAUCCCUUAUUUUUUUGGUUCUAAAGGUGAUUUGGUGUCUCAUAAGUGGUUUCUUCAAGUUAUUAUGGAGACUUAUUUCUGGGUUUUACAUGAUGGUGUUGAAUAUCUGUAAGUCGAUUGGUAGCUGUUGUUCGAGAUGUGGUAAGAUGAUGAAGGCUCCUGGAACUGCUGGGAAAGUCAUAAUAUCAAGAGCUAUAUUUGAAGCAAAUCCACAAGGUUACUUUUCUGCUUUACGAGCUUCAAAUUAAUAGGCGGCUUGUUUGUUAAGUGUUUUCAAGUUGGUUUAAAGUAUGAUAUAUUAAGCUAAGAUGAUAUUUGUAUUUCAAUUGGAUUGUUUUAUGUGGAAGAUCUAAAGAUGUAAGCUAUGAGUAUGUUUUUUUAAUGAAGUUUCAGCUACUUUUGUGAGA